AUGAAAGCGACUGUGAAGAAGCCAAAACCCAAAGCCAAGAAAAGCAAGGCAUCAGGAGAGCACAAGCAGAUUGUGCGAGCUAAAAAGCCCGCUCCUCCGCCUCCUCCUCCAGAUUUGCCUAUCACAAAAUUGAUUGCAGAUGCGGGACGGAGUGGACAACAAACCGUGCAACUUCCUCGAGGCGAACUGUCACAAAAGCAGAGGCUCGCGGUGACUUCCAGUAUCCUCCUCGAAGCUUCUCCAGGUUCUCUUCUUCCUCCGGUCCUCCAACUACCAGGUAUUGUUGUGAUUGGAGAGAACACCACUCUGACUUUGCGGCACGUUUGCUUAAAAUUCAAAGGAACAUCUACAGGUGCAGAGAGCCUCGUGGAAUGUCGAAACGGGGCUCGAGUAGAGCUCAUCGAUUGUCAUUUUGAAGGAGCUGGAUUGAAGCUGUGCCCCAAUGCACGUGCUCAGCUGACCCGAACUCGGAUACACAAAUCCAGUUCGUUUGGAGUUUCUGCAUGCGAUUGCGAGGAACUCGUCAUGCAAGAAUGUGAGGUCAUGGAGUGUGAGGGAGAAGGUGUCCAUUCGACCUCAAGCAAGCGAUUGUGUAUUGCUGACAGCCGCAUGGCCCAGAAUACGUUGAGUGGAAUUCUGGUGGAUGGCAAACCUGGCGAGACCAGUAUUAAAGGCUGCACUUUGGCUGACAAUGGGCAUUUUGGCAUUUGGGUGGAUUCGGGCAGUUCUGUCGUUUGGGAACGAAAUUCAAUUGCUGGCAACAUGCUUGGAGAUACAGGUGGCAAAGGGUCACUGGACGGAGAUGAAAAAACUACCUACAGUGUCGGAGAUCCAUGUCAAGUUUGGUGUGAGGAGAAAGCAGUGUGGCUGCCUGGCAUAGUGUCAAAAGUCGCUGCAGACGCCUUUGUCGUCGUGGCAGAGCUCCCUACCAAGCUCGAGGUUCGGAUGGAAGCGACGCAGCAACGGAUCCGCAAGAAGGGCCAGGCAGUGCCCUCGGUGAAAAAGGUUGAGAUCAAGGCCAAGGCAGACUCCAUUCGCCUGCCCAGUGGCGGAGACGAACCACCGACUUGGUCAAAAAAGUUGAAGACCUACAAAAGAAGACAAAAUGCCUUCAACUUGUUCCUGCGGGAGGGUGGCCGAAGCACUGCAGCCUGGAAGGCAUUGGAUGCCAAGGAAAAGGCACGAUACCAAGUGCGCGCCAGGAAGUUGGACAAGGAACAGGAGAAACUUGCUGGCGAAAAGCCUGAAAAGCCAAUCAUCCAAAGCAAUCAGUUGGUCAAGUCCAUAGCAAAGCACAAGAAAGGAGUCAGCCAGGAGAGAGAACUGGGUUCACUCGACAUGGCAGAGCUGAUCAUUGAUCCAGCUGAGGUUGGCAAGGGCGAGGUUCGACAGGUUCAAGAAGAUUCUGGGAAGGGGCCUGUCCUGACUGCGUACAAUGUUCUUGGUGACCCAGAGGUCAUUGUGAUUCCAGGCUUUGUCAACGAAGCAGAGAUUGAGCAUUUACUUGGACUUGCGGAAGAAGGCUGGGAGCCAUCUGAGGUGGGUUCAGGAGUUUACCGCACAAAAAAUGAAGGCAAAGACUUGGAAAAUCAGGUCUCGGAUAUUCGAACCUCAUACUCUUGCCUCAUCGAGCCGAGUCACACGCCGACCGUGACGGCAAUCGAGCAUCGUUUGGCCGCGCUGGCUGAAAUGGAUGUGAAAUACUUGGAACCGUUGAACAUGGUCAGGUAUGCACCAGGCCAGUUCUUUAAAGAACACCAUGAUGGACGUUUCCGCCCGAUCACUGUGUUCAUCUACUUGAAUGACAUUCCGCCUGGAGAAGGUGGUGAGACAUAUUUCAGGGAGCUCAACAUGAAGGUUGUGCCUCGACGAGGUUGCGCAGUGAUGUGGAGCAAUAUUCUUGGACCUCAACAAGAGGAUCACAGAAUGGUUCAUCAAGGUUUGCCACCUACGAUCUCCACAAAGUACGGUGUAAAUUGCUUCUUCAAUGACAAGCCGAUGCGGCGUUUUGUUUUUCAAGAUUCCGAGACAUCGGCUCCAGCGAUAUGUCCCAACAAACCCGCGACUCUGGACCCAAUGGAAAUUGCUUUGCGAUAUCCUGCCAAAGCCAAGCAUACAGGUCCAGGUCUUUGUUUGCAGAGACUUCGCAUAUCACAAGAACCAGCAAUAUGGAUGGUGCCCAAUGUGGUGACCUCGAAGGAAGCAGGUCAAUUGAUGGAUUUGAUGGACAAACAGCAGGGCCGUGUGCCCCCCAAUGGUUGGCGAGAUCCAGCCCAAGCGGACGUGCAGGAACUCUUGGCAGACCUUGAAGCAAGACUAGCAGCUGCUGCAGGUUGUGAAGGCCAAAGCCCACUCGGGGACUUGGAGCUGAGACGCUUGCCAGCUGAGGCGACAAGCGGAGCUGCUGUGGUUUCGCAACCCAAGGUUGCAGGUGCCAGGGCAGUGUACCUGUUCCUUCAUGACAUAGCAGAUGACUGUGCUGGAGAGCUGUUGUUUCCAAAGGUGAAGUUGCAGGUCAAAGCCCGAGAGGGAUUCGCAGUUGCUUGGGACAUGGCAAGCGACAACAGUCAUCAAGGUUUGCCACCACGAAAUUGUCCUCACGGUCUGGUUUGCCGAUGGAAAGUGCAGCUUAGUUUUUCCCGAAAGUGUCUAUCGGUCUUUGCCUCAGAUGCAAGAUAUGGAGUAUCCUGCGCUUUUUCGAUCAAAUGA